CAAAGUCUGAAUGUGCAGUCAUCGCAAAAGAAAGCGCACGAAGUGGAGAUCAGGGGACAUUGAAAGACGUACAAACAAUGACUGUACAGUGGACUCUCGCUGCUGCCUUUCUGUACGCCGAGAUCGGCGUUCUUCUUUUGUUCUGUUUUCCUUAUAUCUCGGCCAAAAGAUGGAAUCAAAUUUUUAACUCCAGGACCGUGGCUACUUUGUUUGAGUAUGGAAAUUUCUACUUCUACGUCUUUGUGUUCGUGAUGGGUCUCCUUUUGGCAGAUUCUAUUCGCGAAAGCCGGAAGUACGGCAAGACGCAGUCUAGUGGUCAAGUUGACUUGCACAACAAUCCUCAGACUGAAGCGAUAGCUAAUAUGAGAUUGUUUCGUGCACAGCGUAAUAUGUACAUAUCUGGAUUUUCCCUGUUUCUGUUGCUAGUGCUGCGCCGUGUCAUAAGACUUCUUUCUCAAAAUUCUGUUCUGGAAGCUUCCAGUGAGGCCAGUCUGCGUCAAGCCCACAAUGUCUCACAGCAGUGUGAAAAGUUGAUGGAUGAAAAUGAAAAACUUAAAAAGGCCAUAGAAGAUGCAGAAGGAAAAACAGAGAAAGAGAUAGAGACACAAGAUGAAGAUAAAGUGAACCAAGAGUUGAAAGAAUUGAGAGAAGCUUUCUUAGAGAAAUCCAAAGAGCUUUCGGAAAAAACAGAAGAGCUUGAAAGGACGAAGAAGGAUUUGGCUGCAUUGAAAGAACAAGCGACGGGACUGACAAGGGAAUAUGACAGGCUUUUGGAAGAACAUGCCAAAGCACAGGCCCAGCUGGAGAAAGAGGAGAAUCAAACCGGAGAGGAAAAGAAAGACAACUAAGAACAUGCCACCUUUAGUUAGGUUCAUUAAGUAUUAUUAACAUUAUACACUUAUUUGAUAGACCAAACCUAAAGAAUAGUCUCUGAAGCUUGCGAGAAAGGACAGAAGUCAGUGGUAAAACUCCCUGUAAUGUUUGUUUGAAAGUUGAAGUAAGGGUGCAUAAGAUUUUAUGAACCAUUUUGUUUUUGUUUCUCGAGUUUGAUUAGUCGUUAAGUGUUAGUAUUUAUACAUUUUAGUCAAAAGUUGUUUAUUUCUAAGAAUGAAUUACAUUGCGGUUCACAGUUAGAAUUAAAUUUUGGUGAAAGACUUGUGCGAUUUACAGUUAGAAUUAAAUUUUGGCGAAAGACUAGUUUUACAAUAGAGUUCUUCUGUUGAAGGUGCACCACCAUUAGGUUCACAAGUAUUGAAAAUGUAUUUAUAUAUUAAUCAACAGAUCUUUGUAAACAGUACUUAAAUACAUAACAUUAAAAUAGUUGUGGUAUGGAAUUAUUAAGAAAUAAAGAUUUGCGAAUGUUA